AUGGCUACGACCGGCGCAAACGCGAACAAAAGAGCACCUCAAACGAGUGAACACGAUGACGAUGUUUUGAGACCAGCCCGGGCCCGGGUAGCGCAAGCCUGUGCUCGGUGUCGGACAAGAAAAGACCGCUGUGAUGGAACCCAACCGCAAUGCUCGAACUGCUUCAACGCUUCCCAGCCUUGUCUAUACGUCGCCGGAACCAAGAAGAGAGGGCUUCCAGAGGGAUAUGUUCGGGGCCUGGAGAAACUUUGGGCGGUGAUGGUACAAAAGAUACACGGACUGGACGAUACCGUUCGUCGAGUGAUGGAAGAGAACGAGGAAGAACUUCUUCGGGUCUGGAACCACCACAAGUACGGGGAUGACCUCCAUACAGCCUGGAAAGAAUCCAGUGUGCUGUCUGAGUUAGACAAGCUAUUGUCACGACUUGAGCAGCAUUCUCAGCCGAAUCCGAAACGAAAGCGAGAAAGGGAGGACGACGGCGAACCGUUGACUUCGUUGCAAGGCACUUCCGCCGGUGUCUAUACAAUGCCCCCUGUUUUCACAGUCGCGCAAAUUCCGACUUCACAUACAGAGACCGACAUUGACCAAAACGAGGCCACUUCUCUGCCUCACAGGAUACCAUUGUCCUCAGCCCAAGUAUCGAUAGCCUUGCCACGCUCAACAUCAAGUUUAAUGGACCAUUACUUCAAGUAUACACAUUGCUGGUUUCCCAUCUUGGACAGACCUUACACCCUCAAGAGAUACUACGAAUACACCCGAUCAUCUAGUCCUCUCCAGCCACAGAGCUCAGAUCUCGCCUAUAUAUGGGCUAUGUGUGCAUACACAAAACAACAAACACUGCAAUCGAGGCUCCCAAGCACAGCGGGUGAAGAUCCAACGGUUACUGAGAUGCGGUCAAUAGCUCGAAGUCUAAUCCCAACAGAAUCUGGUCCUUUCUUUCUCGGUCAUGUGCAAGCUCUACUUCUACUUGCCAUCCUUGAUCUUGGGAGCACGAACCCGUCUUCGGCUUGGAUACUAGUAGGGUUCGCGGUGCGAGCCUUGCUCGAUGGGAUUGAUUCGACUGGAGACCAACACCCAAGAUGGACGGCAGCGUUACAAGGCUGUUUCAUCCUAGAUACCCUCAUCUCAAUUCGAUUGAGAAAGCCACCGCAUCUACGGACCGAGCAUCUGACGCAUAUACGACUCCUCGACGAAGACGGGCAUGAGGAAUGGGAGCCAUGGGAAGUGGCCGAGAGGGACACGAACGGACCUCGGCCACCAGCAUUUGUGAUCAGUUGUUUCAACCACCUGACGGAACUCUGCAUGCUUGCUAAUGGCUUGCUCAAGAGUGAGCUUUGCCAAAGUACCACGGAGCCUUUACCGACGCAAGAUUAUUCUAGCAUAUCAACAUUGGCAGAAUUGGCAGGAAAGUAUCCAUUCCAAAUCAUGCAGGUUGAACCACGGCCGCCUCACCAGAUGCUGCUGCAAGCAUGCCAUGUUGUUAUAAUGGCAAUAACCUCGCCGCUAUCCGACACUGUUCAAAAGGAAGCUGGAAGGAGAUUUUUCAACAUCUUGGAACUGUUCGAACAUGCCUGGAACCGUCCUGACAGAUGCGGUGUUCCCUCCAUAAUGACAGUGCUUUGCCAUUUGAUCGACCUACAACCUCAUGGACACUUGGUUUCUGACCCAGUCAAUCAGAUUAAAUCGAGGUUAGCGUUAACCUGGCCGAAUUUCACCCACCAUAUAGGACGGCCUGGACCCGAGGUGCUCUCAUCCGAAAAUAUUGCCGGACAUUCUGCUAUUUCGGUGCCUUCAGCUUCCCAAGAAAUGCUCCAGCAUCCUGGAGCCUUCGCCUUCACGUCGUCAGGCGCAUGGCAAAGAGACUCCGUCAACUACCAAACCAGCCAGAUUGAUCGUAAUGAAACGGCACCAGACACGAUUCAAUCCAAGGAUUUCCAAUACCCAAACAUACCACUGUUUACCGGUUCAGCCGAACAGGCAUCACAGAUGGCAUCGACAUCGAUUGACUACGGUGCGAUAGAUAGGAACGUGACCCAACACGCCUUUGACUCUGUUCUGGUGGACGAAAGUAGCCUCGCAAGAAUGACUGCGACGGCCCCCGGCUUUGAUGGAGAUGAGAUCGAUGCUUUGUUCCAUGAAAUGGCCCAACUCGACACUACUCAAUGGACGAUGGAUCGGACACAGGGCCUCCGAGAUUUCGGCUUUGCGGAUGACUCCACCUUCGAAGCCUUUUGUAAUGAUCCUGAUCGACUCAUGCUGACCGAAGGGUAUAUUGCACCGACCUUGGAUGACAACCAUGGCGGCGCCUAUGGUACCCAAACGACAUCACCGGCUGGUGAUGGUCGUAACCGGCCUCCGCAGGUUCGUCUACGAAGUACAUUCGAGGGAUUUGGUGGACCAUGGUAA